GAUUUGGGGAGAAAAAUAAAAUCACAACAGGCAACAUUGUGUCAUAGCGCAUUGCGCAAGUCAAUUUUAUUUAUCAAGAAAAUUGGUUGGUGCAGAAAGGUUUCAUAUAGAUUUUCCUGUAUUUGUUUGAAUAAAGAACACGAUUUAAAAAUGUUUGUGCCCCGCCAGGCUGUGUCUAGAUUACUUCAGCAAACAGUUCGUCGCUACCAUGACGGGCACUUCAAGCCGCCCACCAUGGACGACCUGCCGGUACCGCGCGGUUCCUGGCAGGCGCAGUACGAUGCCAACCAGCGCCGCUACAACACCGCUCUAUUCUUGGGACUCGCCUUCGCAACAACCACUUUCAUUGUGGCCAAAUCCUCGGGAUUGCUGUACCUGAACUACUCGCCUCCCAAGACCCUGGACUAAACUGUUGUGAAAGAAGUCGUCAGAUCAGCAUUUGUAUUAGCCACUUCCAACAGUAUCCAGCAAUAUUAUGUUGUAUUCACAUUUACAAAGCUGAGCUGAGCUUAAUGUUAUUAUAGUAUUUAAUAAAUAAAUAGUUUACUCCAA